AUGCUUCCUUCCCCUUUCUUCUUUGAUCUUCCUUUUGAUUCUAACUUCCAUCUUCUUUUGAUAUAUCAGCAUUUGAUAAAGUUGGAGAAGGUGAAGACUAAGCUUGAAUCUCCAAAUGGAUGUGAGCCAACAAUAGCUGAAUGGGCUGAAGCUCUGGGGUUAAGUGGACCUGUUUUGAAAUCUGAAAUCCACCGUGGCAGAAGCAGCAGGGAGAAGCUGAUCACUGCAAACUUGUGUCUGGUAGUUCAUAUAGCUAAACAGUAUCAGAAUCGUGGACUCAGCUUUCAGGACUUAUUGCAGGUUAGCUCUCAAACAAACACAUUGCUACCGUCCAAGCAAAGAAGAACUCGCAAGCCACGUUGGUGUCUCAACAAAGAAGCUUGA